AUGAUGCCGAGAUUUUUGUUCGCUCUGUUAUGGAUAUGGAAGAGCGAUGCAUCCCGUUCGCACUACAGUAACAUAUCGCACGAGUUUACGACACCUGGCGAUGAGAUUGGACCGAUGCUCCCCGAUGAGGGCUUCCAGGCCUCGACUGUUAUAGCUGGUUUGAUGCCCGACUCUUUUGGGGAAAUGUUCAAUUUUUUGGAUGGAGACAGUUUCGGAAUUGGUCCACUGCACGAGUUUGUCUACGGUUGGCAAGCAAUAGUAAACACCAUGAGUAUGAAGAAUAAUGUUGAAGUUCGAAAACGCGCUGGGCUGCAGCGCUUUGCUUUAGCCGGCAUCAACGGCAUAACUCUUAUAUCUCACAUUGGAGCUACGGAGAUCAUGAUUAACGGAACCAGGACCUAUUGUUUCGGCGGUGUCUCCAGGCCUCCCGGCAGGCGAAGUGUCAUUUGUAAGGGUACAAUGUAUCAAGAAGGCCGUUUUUCCUGCAAAGUACCUUUUUUAAGGUAUCCCACUGUUCUUGGCUACAGAUAUUGUAUAGACAAAUAUGCAGCAGUCAGUUCGCUUGAUGGCACAUAUAAAACGACGUAUUGCGCUCGUGGAGAAUCCGUGCCCAAAUUCCAUUACGACUAUAUCUGUGAACGGAGGGAUAUUAAGAUUAAACGGGUCAACUUGACCGAUCCCAAUGAAAGAUUUAACAGACGGAACCCAGUUGUUAGAAGAGCCGAGUACUAUCGAGCUCCUUACGAUAUACUCAAAGCGUGUCCUGAUUGGUACGGUUGUAAUCUAAGGAUAUCACCAGAAUCCCUGCACCAAGCUCUACCCACUGGCUUGCUAGACGCAAAUGAAACAGCUUUUGUUGGUCACGGUGGGAAAUAUUGGUUAUCGCUUUAUUACACUCAGUUAUCAACAUAUGCAAUAUACUUUCAAGCGCACGGAGAAUACCCUUGGCAAACAAAUAGACCAAUUGUGUCAAUCGACAAAGGUGGAAUUUGGGAGCAGCUACUCAAAGCCAAUAUUGGUCCUGAUAUGAAUCUCCAUUACAACUUGAACGGAAUAUACAAUAGAUACCCUGGCGGCGUCAUGAUGCCUGAUAUUAUGAGGAACGAGGGACAGGUACAACCAGCUAACUUCAGAACAGAGACCCGCGAUGGGGCUCAGGAGGAUAUUAUCCUAAAUUCACACUUACCAGGAGAUGGAUCAGGUGAAAGAGCUGCUCGGUUACCCGUGAGCCAGCAGCCGAAUUUUCCUGUGGAGGUGCAUCUCAAGACUGAGCCGUGUCUUGGGGAAAAAUUAACCCGGGCACUACGGUGGCCCCAGAAACACCCGCCUCGGCAUCCCAACCACCAGAUGCUGUUGCAGGGGCAGAAUUUCUAUACGAAUCUCAUUGCACAGCACUAUGAGAGGAAGCAGAGACUGGAGAAACUUGAGGAAUCGCUCAAAGAUGAAAGUCUUACCGAGAGCCAGAAACAGGAGAAGCGUCAGCAACACGCGCAGAAGGAGACGGAGUUCCUCAGGCUAAAGCGGUCGAGGCUCGGCGUGGAAGACUUCGAACCACUUAAGGUGAUAGGUAGAGGUGCGUUCGGAGAAGUCCGUCUCGUGCAGAAGAAGGACACUGGACACGUGUACGCUAUGAAAAUACUCCGGAAAGCCGAUAUGCUUGAAAAGGAGCAAGUCGCCCACGUCCGUGCUGAGAGAGACAUUCUAGUUGAAGCCGACCACCAAUGGGUAGUGAAGAUGUACUACAGUUUUCAAGACCCGAUGAACCUGUACCUCAUCAUGGAGUUUCUCCCAGGGGGUGAUAUGAUGACGCUUCUCAUGAAGAAAGACACCCUGAGCGAGGAAUGCGCGCAAUUCUAUGUCGCCGAGACGGCGUUAGCGAUUGAUAGUAUACAUAAGCUCGGAUUUAUUCAUAGAGACAUAAAGCCAGACAACUUGCUGCUAGACGCCCGCGGUCACAUAAAGCUAAGCGAUUUUGGGCUUUGCACGGGUCUCAAGAAGAGCCAUCGUACAGACUUCUACCGAGACCUUAGUAGAGCCACCCCUUCAGACUUCAUAUACUUCCCAGUAUCGACGUCGUCCUCUGCGAUGGACUCGAAACGGCGCGCCGAGUCAUGGAAGAGAAACCGACGCGCACUGGCCUACUCCACUGUUGGGACACCGGACUAUAUAGCGCCAGAAGUCUUCCUGCAGACCGGCUACGGGCCCCAAGCGGAUUGGUGGAGUCUCGGCGUCAUAAUGUACGAGAUGCUGAUCGGCUAUCCACCGUUCUGUUCGGAGUCGCCGCAAGAGACGUACCGGAAAGUGAUGUCUUGGCGGGAGUCACUCACCUUCCCACCAGAAAUUCCCAUCAGCGAAGAGGCUAGGGAGACCAUUAUGCGCUUCUGUUCUGAACCCGACCGCAGGCUGGGCUCCCAACGCGGCAUUGAAGAUGUUAAGUCUGUGUCGUUCUUCCGUGGGGUCGAUUGGAACCACGUUCGCGAGCGACCGGCCGCGAUCUCUGUCGACGUCCGAUCUAUAGACGACACUUCCAACUUCGAUGACUUCCCGGACGUCAAACUCGAGAUACCGUCGGCGCCGAUUACCCAAGAUGGCGAAGUAGCAUACAAGGACUGGGUGUUUAUUAACUACACUUUCAAGAGGUUCGAGGGCCUCACCCAGAGAGGCACGCCCACUAAGAAGUGA